AUGUGGCCAUUCAUUAUCCGUCGAGGAGAAGAAGAAGAAGAAGAAAGAAGAAAAGCGCGGAUACACACACGCACCGUGCCUGCGUAUAUUCAACUGAUCAGAAAAUGGCCACUGUGACGAUGAACUCUCUCUCCCUCCCAAGCUUCAGCGGCCUAAGGCCCAACACGCCUUCAGCCACACCACCUGUUUCACUCCUCCAUUCCACCUUCGCAGCAGCAGCUCAGCCUAUGGGGCGGCGCCAGGGGAAGGGAGCUUUGGGCGCUAAGUGUGGUUUCAUUGGCUCACCCACAAAUUUGAUAAUGGUGAGCACAACAAGCCUGAUGCUGUUUGCCGGGAGGUUCGGGCUGGCGCCGUCGGCAAACAGGAAGGCGACGGCGGGGCUGAAGCUGGAGGCGAGGGAAUCAGGGCUGCAGACGGGAGACCCAGCUGGAUUCACCCUCGCAGACACACUGGCCUGCGGCAGUGUGGGUCACAUUAUUGGGGUCGGGGUUGUUCUUGGCCUUAAGAACCUCGGUGUCAUCUGAAUCUGAUCAACAUUAACAACAAUGUUGUAAAUAUAUAUUUUAAUUAAUUAAUUGAUUAAUCAAGCAUUAAUCAAUUUCAAAUUAAUUAAUUAAGCAUGCAUACAUGCAUCCAUCGAUAUCUCACCCAUCCACAUAUAUUAUAUAUGCAUACAUAAUUCUGAGCGGUUAUUCUGGCCUCUGCACUUCUAUAUACUACAUAUCGUUAUUGUAGACAUUGUGAUGUGGUUGGGUGGCUUUCUUAGUUUGCCCCUAGCUCUCAGCCAUUGUACAUGUGGAGGCACUUCUAAAAUGAAUAAAAUGAAAAAAAAAUAAAAAAAUUUUGUUCAAGUACAA